AUGUCUUCAGAUGAAGUAAGUUUGUCUUUCAUUAUUUUGAUAUUUAGAAAAUACCACAACAUUUUAUAAGUAGAUAUAAGCAGCCGGGCAUAAUUUUUUAAACUAGCCGCUUUACUUGGCUUGGCUUCUUACGAACGUUAUAAGUAUUCUUUGAAGGUGAAUAAAAUAAAAAUUUUAGGAGAACGACGAUUUGUGUGUACGUGGCUACGAAUCGCGGUUGUUUCCUCAAGAUUCAGUCAAGUUCCGGUCGGAUCAAGACCUUCUAAUUCCGUGGAAUGACGAUGAGGAGCUGUUGAUUGAUCGGUACGAAGGUUUGACAAUAGGACAAACAUUACACUUGCUCUAGUGUAAACUUUAUACUUGCCCUAGUAUAAACUUUAUACUUGCUCUAGUAUAAAGUUUAUAUAGACAGUAUGAUCUGCUAUAGACUUAGUAUUGUCUAUGUGCUAUAAUGCUAACUUUGUUAAUUACUUAUUGCCUUUUAAUGGGAUGUUAAUGGGGUAUCGCGAUGUUUUAGAUCAACGAGCCAGUGAUCGCUUUGGUUUACGGAGUAAGUUUGUUUUGAAGUUUUUGGAUUUUUUUGAUAUUUGAUACUUUUUGAUCGUUUUAGCUGAUAUAAAAGGGCUAUAGUGAUUUUUUGUUGAUCUACGGGCAUUUUAUAGCUUUUCAAGGUAUAGAAGUGUAUCAAUAUUCAGUGACACUUACCAGGAUAGUCAGAUACCCACGUUUCUGAAAAGAUUUGGAUUUCCUUUUUACCGCUAACAAUAUUGCUUUAUACGUUUAUAAAAUAUUAUUGAUCUAGGUUUAUUUUUUGAUAGUUAUUACUUUAAAACGGAAUUUUAUUAAUAUUAUUUUACUAUUUUAGGUUUUUUACUAUUUUUUUUUUUGGAAUAACGAGGACGUUUAAAAUUGAAUUUUUAAGUUUUAAAAGCAAAUUUUAAGUCUUUUAUGUACUUUUUUUUAAGGCGUAUUUUAGAAUGAAUUUUUUAAAAAGUAUGUGCAAUAUUUCAUUAAUUAGCUAUAUUCACUAAUUUCUCAAUUUUAGAUGAUGGAUUGGCUAUAAAAACUCUGUCAAAACACAAGUUUUACUCUACAAUUCGUAAGUCACUGGGGUAAACUUGGCGCGGUACAUGAAUAUCAUGUACAAUAUUUCAUUAACUUUGACAUUUCCGCAAUCUAUAACUUAACAUUGCUUUACUAAAACUUAUUUCAGAUACGACUGCCGUCUAUAUCUAUUGGAUUUGAGCUCAAAAACCAUCGGUGAAGCGGGAAAACUGGCGGAAGAAGAGUAUGACAAAGUAGAAGAGGAACUGUGUGAACAAGAACGAUACAAAGACCUAGAAAAACGAAUAAAAGAAGACGAGAGGGAGGAGAGAAGGAAGAGAGCUGAGAUUGCCUUCAAUUAUGCUGAAGAGAAUAAUAAUAGUGAGGACGAGUUGGAGGAGAGCGAUGAUGAGGAGGCAAACCAGCCUUAUCAGUCGCCAGAAGGGAUUAAGAUGCCUACUGGUUUGGUUUUGGUAGGUUAUUGGAAGUUGUAGGCUGGGUAAAGUUUAAAAUAGGUUAGGGGAGGGUAAAAUUAAGUUAAAAUUUUGACCACAAAAUGCAAUUUUUUGAAGUUUCGUCAAGUUUUCAUUACCUAAAAAUGAUUUUUUUUAUUUCUUGGACUUCCUUUUUCUAAUAUAUCAUCAUUAACAAAAUCAAUUUCAGCCAGAAACCCAAAAGCACGGUCACCUAAUCGAGCGCACAGCCAACUUUGUCGUCCAAAACGGCCCACAAAUGGAGGUAAUCAUUAAAGCCAAACAUUCUCGAGACCAAAAUCAAAGCUUCGACUUUCUCAAUUUUGACAACAUCUUAUUCUCCUUCUACAAGUUUAUGUGCAAGCUGAUCCGAGAAAAGAAGUACACUCCGGCACCGCCGAAGCAUCAGCCAAAGCCAGGCGAAUCGUUUGUUCACCAAAAGCCGGAGAAUUAUGUGAAGGAAGAGGAAGAGUCGGAUUCGGACAGUGAUGGUGAUUACCUGCAUCCACUAUUGGCUGGAGGCAGUAGUGUGGACAAGAAGACGGAAAAAAGUCCGAUUAAAUUACCACCGUUACCUAGUAGUUUGAAUAAGAAUGGAAAUGUAAGGAGUUUUGAAGGCAAUUUUUUUUUGAAUUUUUUGAAAUUUAAAAAAAAUUUGGAUUUUUGACAUUUUUUGAAAUUUUAUGACAUUUUAAAACCAUUUUGACUUUCCUAAACCCUGCUACCUUCAGGACAAUCCAUAUUCAUCAUUGUACGCGAUUCACGCGGUAAAACCCCCAGAACCUCCGCCGGAACCAAAGCCAGAACCUUCAACCUCAGAACCUCAAUUUAGCUACGAAACCGAUCCGACUGAGAUUCAUAAUUACAACACUUGGCAUCAGAACUUCUUUCAAAGACCAACGCCUAACUGCCCGAACCCACCUCUAGUGCCGGUUAGGCCAGAUCAAGAAACAUGGGAACAGAUUGAUCUGGCAGCGAGAUAUGUGGCAGCUAAUGGAGCGUUCGCCGAAAAUAGAUUGUUGGGUGGGUGUUAUUGGGAUGGAGCUGUAAAGAGGUUGGGCUAGGCUUUAGUUUGUGCUCGGCUCUCAGGCCAAACUAUUAAUUUUUUGUCAUUUUUUAAAAAUAUUUUAAUUAUUUUAAAUCAAAAAAAUAUUUUAUGUUUACUAUAAUAUAAUCCUUUCCAUUCCAGAGCAAAACCGUUCAAAACUUACGUUCCUCUACCCGGACAACCCAUAUAACAUUGUUUAUCACACCAGAAUACGCCAAUGUCAAUAUAAACUUAAUCCGUACGCAUCACCAUUUGUUAGAAGCAAGUACUUUGAAGCCUUGGAAUCGCCUACAGAAGCAUCUGGUAAUGACAACUAUGGUCAACAAAAUGUUACGACUGCUCAUGUACAACAAGAUUAUGGCAAUGUAAAUCGUCAUGGACAAUAUGAAGGAUCCAGUAAUGGUCCAACCUCAACGUAUCGUGGUGAACCAUAUAAUCAGGGGUAUCAAAAUUUGAAUUCAAGUUUAAGAAAUGACGUUUCAAACCAAAAUUACACGGAAAACACUAUAGGCAGUGGUGUGAAAAAUAAUUCUAUAGAUUUUUCAUCGAAAAAUGGGUUUUCCAGUACAAUACCGAAAGCACCAGAACCUCCAGAAACCCGGGAAUGGCCGACGGACGAAGCCGAAGUCAUUGCCGAUGAGAAGGUGAAACAAAUUCGACGAGAAAAGGCAAGACAAUUUAUGGCGGAUCUGUUGAAAAGAAAACGGGAAAAUAAGGAAGAACGACCGGUUGAUAAGGUUGAGAACGUUAAGGAUGCGUUGGAAGGUGGAAGAGAUGUUAAAGAAGGGCUUGAAGCUGAAAAGGGAGGUAGAAAAGGACUCGAGAUUGAAAAAUCUGUUAAAGAAGUCUUUGCAAAUGAUGAUGAUGAAGAAGAGGAAGGUCAAAUUGGUGAGGAAGGACUGAAUAAUGAAGUGGAAGCAAUGAAAAGUGGAUGUAAAGCUAAAAAUUAUGAUGUAGAAGACCAAACACAAGAAGACAAUGACAGAACUUCUUCAUUAAUACCAGCAGAAAAGGUCUUACCUUCAUUGAUUACGAAUUUGGUCAAAAACCAAGUAGAACAACUUGUUUUAACCGAAAAACCGGAAGGAUUAGGUAUGGUAGAAGCUGUGGAAAAACAUAAAAUUGAAGGAAAGGAUUCUGAAAGAGUUUCUGACGUCGAAAGAAGGCCAGGAUCAAGGUCUUCUAUAACGAAAGAUAGGCCUAAAAGGAGAGAAAGAAGAAGAGAUAGGUCAAGAAGUACGGGUAGAAGAGAAAGAUCUGGAAGUACAUCUACAAGCAGGCAUCGGGAUCGAAGUUCUUCAAUAAGAAGGCAUAGAUCUAGAAGCUCGGAAGGCAGAAUACAUCGUUCGAGGUCUGUAGAACGUAGAAGACGUAGAUCAAGAAGUUCAUGUGGAAGAAGAGGCUCGAGGAGAAGAUCAAGAAGCUCAUCUACUCACAGGAGCUCAAGAAGGUCAAGAUCUAACAGUUUACGGAACGAUAAGAGAUCUAGCAGUCGUUCAAGGUACGAUAAGAGAUCUAGUAGCCGGUCCAGGUACGAUGAGGGGUCUAGUAGCCGUUCCAGGUACGACAGAAGGAGAAGAAGUCGAUAUGAAAAACGAUCCAGAAGCUCAUCGUCAGAAGAUGACUACAAUUCGAAAAGAAGAAAAUACCGGUCGAGAAGCAACAGCCCACGCAGGCGAUGAACAGUAUCUUCAAAGAGAAUCUAGAGAUUAA